AUGACGACAUUUUUCAGACAGAGUUAUGGUCUUCUCCGAUCGGCACCAGCCAGAACAUCAAUCAUGUCCACGCCCACCCUCCGCAACAUCACUCCGAUCUACACCACCUUCUCCCGUCUCCUUUCCACCGAAGCUCGCUCGAAAAUCGACUCGGCAGUCAAAUCCAACCCUCUCGUAAUCUUCAUGAAAGGUACACCGGAAACCCCCAUGUGCGGCUUCUCCCGAGCAGUAAUCCAAGUUGUGCAAGUCCAAGGUGUAAAGCCCGACCUGCUCAAAACAUUCAACUGUCUGGAAGACCAGGAGUUAAGGGAAGGAAUCAAGGAGUACAGUGAUUGGCCUACUAUCCCUCAGGUUUAUGUCGAUGGAGAGUUCGUGGGUGGAUGUGAUAUCCUUAUCAACAUGCACCAAUCGGGAGAGUUGGAGGAACUGCUCUUGAAACAUAACCUGCUUUUGCCGCUCGAGGAGAACAAGAAUGCUCAGCCCUAA